AUGCCGCCCAGGAACAGGCACUUCGCUACGCGCGAGCCCUUUGAGAGUGAUGACAGAUUGACACUCCAGCGCGCGGAAGGGCCAUUUGGCUUCCUGAACCCAACGCGGGCGCAUUUUAACCACUCAGGCCUGGCGACAUUGAAAACAACAGCACCAUCUGACGAUAUCGCCACGUCACUCUCACACGAGAGCGUCAACGGGCACAGAACCCCUAAGGCAUUGGAGGAGUCGAAUGUCCCGGCCAAGGACAUCGGGUUUCUAUGGCGGUCGCGCGAUAAUCGCAAGGGUCGCCACCCGUUACUCGUUAGAAGACCGCAAGCCGGUGAGGAGGCCUCGUUCCUGACGCCGCGGCGGACGUCGCAUCCUCGGGAGGUGCUGAAGACCGUCAUCCGAACAUUCACCUAUUAUCCCGUAUGGGACGUUUCGUGGCUGGUGGCCUUCAUCUUCACAUUGGGCAGUAUAAUCUGGGUCAUUAAUGGUUUCUUCGCCUGGCUGCCCGUCGCGGCUCCCUCGACCGAGUUUGACGGCGAAAUCUACUAUGGCGGCGGCAUCACUGCUUUCAUCGGCGCGAUCCUUUUCUUCGAAGUCGGGUCGAUACUCCUCAUCUUCGAGGCAGUCAACGCCAACAACACCGGCUGCUUCGGCUGGGCCAUCGAACAGCUCGUCGACGACGAACGUGCCGCGGGUCGACAACGGCUCCGCAUCGUCGCGAACAGCCACCACUGCCAUCACCACCACCAGAACCGACACAACUUCGUGGGCAAGCCCUCCGAGCUGACCUCCGAGGCGGACGACGUGAACGCGGACGCGAAGAAGCAGUGGCACUGGUUCGCCACCUGGCACGACCUGUGGACUCACUAUUUUCACGAACUCGGCUUCCUGGCCGGCUGUGCCCAGCUCUUCGGCGCCACCGUCUUUGGCGUUUCGGGAAUCACCGCCCUUCCGGGCAUCAUCAACCACCUCGAGCCCCAGUGGAAGCUCAACGCCGCGUACUGGAUUCCCCAGGUGAUAGGCGGGAGUGGCUUCAUUGUCAGCAGCACACUGUACAUGCUCGAGACGCAGCAGAAGUGGUGGAAGCCGGCCCCACACCUCCUAGGCUGGCAUAUCGCGGCUUGGAAUCUGGUGGGCGCAUUCGGCUUCACGCUGUGCGGUGCCUUAGGCAUGGCGUACAAGAACUCGGGGGCCCAGUAUGAGGCCGGGUUGGCCACUUUUUGGGGUUCCUGGGCAUUCUUGAUCGGCAGUUACUUGCAGUUAUACGAGAGUCUGAAUAAACAUCCUGUGGAGGAGGUGUCCUAG